CAUGUCGUCCCGCGCAGCCUCAGCGCGAAAGCGCAUCGCCAACGCACAAGAGCUGAAGGAGAAAAAGGAAAAGAAGGAAAGGGAAAAGGAAAGGGAAAAGGAAAAGCGGCCGCCCUCCUCGAAAGGCUUCUUCUCGAGGUCGAAGAAGUCCAGCCGAGCCGGAGUUGAUCAAUCAUAUCCCUCCCCGCCGGUUGCGAAUGUCCCUCUCCCCCAGAUCCCCCCCAACCGUGCGUCGCCCGCCCCACGACCAGCAGACCUCCCAUCGGAGUACCAGCAACGGCCUACCAAUGGUACACGUCUACACGGUUCCCAAUACACCCCUCCGAGCGUCCUACUCCAGACCGUGUCCCCUCCGCAACGAUCGGCACAUCCAGCGCAGCACCGAUACCCCUCCCCGCCUCAUGAAGAGCAUUAUUCGGGGCACGUCGUCCACCUCAACCCACCACCGGUGUCGACGAUGCGGGUUGAAAGCCUUUCCGGGACGGGAGAAGCGUUUAUCGAGGCGUCUUAUCAGCCUCCGCCACCACCACGCGUCAAUGUUCAGCGCGCCUCGCCAAGCCUAAGCGGCAAAUCACCCGUAUCUCCCGCCACAACCGUGACGUCGCCGCUGCCGUUCGAGACCAUCGUAUCCUUCCCGCCGCCUCCGAGUUAUCCGCCGCCUGUGCCCGUGUCGAUUCACUCUUCUCCUGCAAGUCACUUCGCGUUCCCUUCCCCCUCCAAUUCGCCAAGAAACUCUCCUCAGUACCACUCCUCUUUACUCCUGCAGAGCGCAUCACGCGAACAGUCGCCAACGCCCUCUGAGCUUCCCACAUACUCAAAUUCCGGGUCUCCGCACAUCUCGCCACAACUGAACCGACCGCCCCUUCAACUUUCGAUCCAGAAUUCACCACUGUCGGCUGCAGCGCAAUAUCAGCAGUUGAACAAUGUUUCCAUGUACCCUACGCCUCCCGCAUCCACCGUCCCGCCGCGCCACACCCCUUCACCUUUGCAAGUGUCCUCGAUCGAACACCUGCCACCUGCGAUCCUGAAUGACAGCGAGCGUCGACCCUGGGCGCGUAAUUUCAGCGGGAACAGGGGUACCCCCACGGGGUCGGCCUCGUCCUCGCCUCGGAUACCAUUCCAGCAGCUGCGCACCGACUCUCCGCGUCUACGGCCUCCGCCUUCCAUCGCGUCAAGGUCGUCCGGGCCGUCAGGUCGACGAUCGCCUGUGUCAGAGUUGGAGACGCCCCCUCCGCCCACCGCGAACUUCGUCUUCCCCGGCUCGCGCGCUACUGGGCGACCCAAGGUAUCCUCGAAGACCGGCACGCCCCAGAUCAAGCUCAAGGUGCGCGGCAAGUCGAAGCGAAGAGGGAGCUUGGACGACGACAGCAAGUCCGCAUCGACAUCCUCGUCCGGGCCAAGGCCGCCGACACCCGACAUGCCGUCCAUCCCGAGCGUGCUGAGCAGCCCGCUCCCGUCGUCGUUGGCGUCGCCCGUCUCGAACUCGAGCGGCAGCAGCAAUGGUUAUGACGGAAGUCGGGGUGGAGUGCGCCCAGCCCAGAGCCAGACGUUCUCGGAGACGGCGUCGGCGUUCAGCGACGACUCGGCGGACCUGAGUUUGAGACGCGCCAAGUCGUCGACGUCGUCCAAUCCAGAUGGGACGCCAGCGCCGUUCGUGUUCCCGUCGUCGCGUUCGCGUGCGGCGCCAAAUAAGCCGGCGUCGUUCAAGAUGAAGUCGCUCGCAGGGCGACGGUCGCGGAAGUCCUCUAACGCGUCGGGCGAUGCCGACUCGGUGGAUGAAAGGAAGCGCUUCAUGGGGAUUUUGCUGAAGAAGAAAAAGAAGCAACUGAAGGAAAUCGACCCAUCGACGCCCAGCGCUGACUCGGGGUUCUCGAGCGGGGAUAACGAUUCGCCGUCUCACAGUGGGACGGGCUCGGUCUUGGAUACAAGUGAGGGCAGUACGAGGUAUGAAGAGAACCAGGAGGUGCUGCACGCACAAAGUCGGGAACGCGCACGACGCAUCAAGUCGCGUAUUGGCAGCUAUCCAUUAGAUCCUUACGACUCUGUCCUGCUUGACAGCGACCGCCACACUGGAGAACUGCUCACACGUCUGAACCCCAUGGGCUCGCCGACGUUCCACAAUUAUGGCAACAGCCCCCCGACGUCUGUUCUCGAUCUCGGAUGUGGACAAGGACAUUGGGUUAUCGACGCUGCCAUCGCGUGGCGUGGGUAUGGCACGAAGGUCACCGGUUACGAUAUGGUCGACAUUUCCAAGGGUCUCCUGCCAUGGGCCAUCGAGCAGGGCGUGACGGACAGCAUUCGGUUCGUCCGCGGUAACUGCCUCAAACAGCGCCUUCCAUUCAGUGACAACUCUUUCGACCUCGUCCGGAUGUCCUGUCUCGCCCUGUCCAUCACCUCGGAUUCGUGGAUCUUCGUCCUGCAAGAGGUCUGCCGCGUCCUGAUGAUCGGCGGACGUCUCGAGCUGAUCGACGACCUCAUCUUCUUCCCGUACGGCAAAUCAUUCUCUGCGAUUGAUAAUAUGCCAUCUACGACGUCGCCUGUCGAGUCCGUUGCCCCACGAUUAGACAUCACCAUCCCCUCAUCUGCGUUCACGACAUUCAGCAUCUACGAUGGCGACACGACGAACCCUGGUCUGGGAUUCAUCGAGGAACCACCUGACCAAGAUGAGUUCUAUGAGCUGUACGGGGUGGAGGAGGAAGGAGAGGAUGACACAGCGACGAUUAACGGGGACAACAUCCGUCCGCACGCUGAACAAUCCUCUGGGCCGCGGGCGACGCCCCGCCCGAAUGCGCCUACGCCAUCAGACUCAGUGCUGAGCAAGCGCUCAUGGGAACGUGCGCACGCGACGUCCAAGGACCUCGAGGCGCUAUUCGACCACAUGCUCAUGCAUAAGUUCGGUAUCCAGAAGGACCCGAACGACUUCAUUGUUGGGCUGAUGAAGGAGGUGUUCGGUCACGCGCGAGAGGUGAAGACGAUGCAUCUGACGCUCGCGCCGCCGGAUAACAGCGGAGAUGACGAGGACGCUGCGAGAUCGAAUGGCCAUGAAAGGUCAGGAACGCCUCGUAGCGGCCAUCGCUUCGGCACAUCCACGGUAUCCCGCCGCCUGUCGAUGGGCUUGGCUCAAGCUGGUGGACUUGUUCUGUGGCCGUCGACGUUCAUCCCGAUGGACCACUUCGAGAUUGAGAUCCAUGCCUCGAAGCACCUGCGUAUGCUUCUCUCGUGCAAGAACCUCUUGUUGGAGCAUGCGAUCGAGGCGACCGAUGAUGAGGAGAUCGACGAGGAGUCUGUUAUGGAGGCGUUGUGGGAGUACGAAAGUUUCCUUCGUCACCGCUUCAAUCCUCCACCUCCCAGCCCUCCCCCAAGCGAGCCCACCGACCCGAUACUAGUCGACGACACCGCCAGCAUUCGCGGAUCCAUCGCCGAGUCCGUCUGCUCUGACAAUCAAGAGGCGAUGUGGGAGAUCCAAUGGGAGUUCCGACAGCGCUUCGCGUGGUCCCUGGAACGUUCGGCCUCGCGGGACCGACCGUCUACGCCAAGUACGCCCAAGGCACAGGACGAUACGAAUAUCCCCAUCGCGGCUCGUGGGGGCGGUGGCGCGCCCUCGUCAUCCGCACCCGCGGCUGGUUCAGGACCUGGGUCGGGGUCUGGUUCUAGGACAGCGACGCCUUCGAACGCGAACUCGACGGCCCAGCAGGCUCCUGCACAUGGACGUACGCACAGCGCGGUGAUAAUGUCUCCUGCGUCCUCGACGCCUGUUUAUUCACGCGAAGAGCUCACCCAUGUGCGGACCUUCCGCAUUUACGAGGCGAUCAAGAUCGACGACUCAAUCUUUGGGAGCGCUAUGUA